AUGGCAGUCGUCUUCACCAUCAACGGGCAGGUUUAUCACGUUUCACCUGAGGAUGUCCCGGUGGAUACAUCUUUGAGCACCUUCAUUCGAAACCAUGCUCAUCUUAAGGGAACCAAGUUCAUGUGUUUGGAGGGCGGUUGUGGAGCCUGUAUCGUGAAUAUUAAGGGAGUUCAUCCCGUGACCAGGCAGCCGACGAGUCAUGCUGUAAAUUCGUGCUUAUUUUCAGUGUUUUCGUGCCACGGAAUGGAUAUCCUCACGGUGGAGGGGAUCGGCUCCAAGGAGGACGGAUACCAUCCACGGCGUCGAAGGUUGGCAUUCUUCCACGGGAGUCAGUGUGGUUACUGUUCGCCCGGAAUGGUCAUGAGUAUGUAUAGCUUGCUGGAUUCGAACAAGGAAGGGCUAUCGAUGGAGCAGAUUGAAAAUUCGUUAGGAGGAAACAUCUGCAGAUGUACGGGAUAUCGUCCGAUCUUGGACGCGUUCAAAUCGUUUGCUGGUGAUGCUGAUGAAAAGCUGACUGGGUUGUGUCGUGACAUUGAAGAUUUGGAGAAGGGUUGUGCUCGAGGAAGAACCGGGAAUUGUUCAUCCAAGUGUUCAUUCAUUAGUGCUGGUGAAGAAGAUCAACGAAUCGAUAUGUACUUUGAAGAUGGUAGAGAGUGGCACAAAGUUUAUUCGCUGCAGGAGAUAUUCGACAUUUUCGCCAGAAUUGGAAGCAAACCGUACAUGCUCGUUGCAGGGAAUACAGGACAUGGUGUGUAUCGACGUAGGGAAGAUUUGGUCGUGUUCAUUGACGUGAAAUCGGUCCAAGAACUGAGCUCGCAGUGGAUUGGAAGUGACUUGAUCGUUGGUGCCAAUGUAACUUUGAAUGAGUUGAUCCGUACUCUUCAGGAAGCUGCCGCAAGUGAUGUCAAGUUCCACUAUUGUCUGGAGUUGGCGAAACACGUCACCAUGAUAGCCCAUGAAGCUGUACGGAAUGUUGGAACUAUUGCUGGAAACCUCUCUAUCAAACAUCAACACCAUGAGUUUCCAUCCGAUCUAUACCUUAUUCUGGAGUCUGUUGGAGCGCAGCUGACGAUAAUGAGCAUGGACGGAACCGUCCAAACUGCAACCCCUCAACAAUUCUUGAAAAUUGACAUGACCAAGAAGCUCCUGCUGAACGUGGUGUUACCGGCCCUGGAUCCGGCCGUAUGCGUGUUCCGCUCGUACAAGGUGCAACCGCGGGCCCAGAACUCGAAAGCCCACGUGAACGCCGCAUUUAUGAUCAAGUUCAACGACGCUGGCAGCAAGCAGGGCGUCGUGACGGCGGCGUCCGUCUGCUUCGGGGGAAUCCACCCAAGCUUCACACACGCUACCUUGACGGAAAUGGCCCUCGUGGGGAAAAAUCUCUUCCGCAACGAAACCCUCCAGGAGGUUCUUGAGAUAUUGGACGCGGAACUGCACCCGGACUGGGUGCUUCCUGAGCCCAGCCCUGCCUACCGGAAGCAGACGGCGCUCGGGUUGUUAUACCGCUUCGUGCUGAACAUCGCUCCACGCAACGUGAAUUUAGUAAGUCCCAGAUUCAGUUCUGGGAAGGCGAUGCUAGAGCGUCCAACGUCCAGUGGCGCACAGUCAUACGAUACGUAUCCGAAGAAUUGGCCGCUGACGCAGAACGUUCCCAAAAUUGAGGCUCUCGCGCAGACUUCCGGGGAGGCAAGCUACAUCAACGAUAUGCCUUGUUACGAGAACGAACUGUACGCGGCGUACGUAACGGCAACUGAAGCGCAGAAGCGAAUCUUGGAUAUUGACGCAACGGAAGCGUUGAGGUGUGGUGGAGUUGUGGGUUUCUUCUCGGCGAAGGAUAUUCCUGGGUUCAACGAUUUCAUGCCUUUUAAGACUGGGAUAAACUUUACGUUUCCGAUUGGGGCUGCCGCGGAGGAAGUUCUGUGCAGUGGCAAGGUGUUAUACCAUGGUCAACCUGUGGGAGUGAUCGUUGCGGAAACGUUUCAGCUCGCAAAUCAUGCCGCAAACUUGGUUACCAUAACGUACAGUGAUUCGAGGGAAGAUAACAUCUAUGCGACCAUCGUAGAUCUCAUGGAAGCGAACGCCACACAUCGGAUCCUCGACCAGCCCAAUCAUGUGACCGGUGAGGCGUACGCCACCGCAACGGGCGAGGAUCUAACCUUCAAGGGGGUGUACUACCUUGGCGGACAGUAUCACUACACUAUGGAAACGCAUACCUGCAUCUGCGUUCCGAUCGAGGACGGGAUGAACGUGUACAGUUCGUCGCAGUUUCUUGGCCAGGUCCAAGCAUCGAUCGCGCAGUUACUCAAGAUACCUCAAAACUCGAUCAACUACUUCAGUCGCCGACUUGGAGGUGCGUACGGAUCAAAGGCAACUCGUAGCGCUCAAAUUGCUAGUGCCUGUGCGUUGGCUGCGCAUCACACCCGGAGACCUGUCCGCUUCGUGCUAACGAUGGAGGCAAACAUGUGUUCCGUUGGGAAGCGGCAGGGACUCUGGAACGACUACGAGGUUGCGGUCAAAAGUGACGGGAAGAUCGUCCGGCUGUCCAACACGUACACCCACGACUCGGGUUGUUCUCCCAACGAGCCGCUAUCUUUUCUCUUCAAGGAGACCUUUAAGAAUUGCUACGAUCAAAGCGCUUGGCGACAUGUGUCCCGCACAUCGCUGACCGAUGUCGCAAGUAACACAUGGCUUAGGGCGCCCGGAUCGGGCGAAGCUAUCGCCACCACCGAAACAAUCAUGGAACACAUUGCUUUCAAAACGGGUCAAGAUCCGCUUGAAGUUCGCAUGAAAAACAUGCCAGCGGACAGUAAAAUGCUUGAGCUUCUUCCUCGAUUCAGAACCGAUGUAGAGUUCGAUCAGCGAAGAAAAGAGAUUGACGAAUUCAACGCGGCUAACCGCUGGCGUAAGCGAGGUAUCUCGAUUGUCCCGGUCGCGUUCCCCAUCAAUCACAUGGGAACCUUCGAUGCCCUCGUAUCGAUUCACCACCUGGAUGGAUCGGUAUCGGUUACCCACAGCGGAAUCGAGAUGGGUCAAGGAAUCCACACCAAGGCAGCCCAAGUUGCGGCUCAUGUCCUCGGAAUCCCACUCGAUAAGGUAUCCAUCAAACCGCUGAACAGCAUGUCCUCGCCAAACGCCUUCAUCUGUGGCGGAAGCACAACCAACAUGAACAUUGCCUACGCCGUCCAAAAGGCGUGCGAAAUCCUCGUUGAACGAAUGCAACCGAUCCGCGAAUCCUACCCGACCGCUUCCUGGGAAGUCCUCGUCGCCCACAGCUUCGCCAGCAACCUAGACCUAACAGCCCGAUUCCUCACAAAACCCACCAACCACCCCCAGUACACAAUCUGGGCCCUCUGCUGCACCGAGCUCGAACUCGACAUCCUAACCGGAGCCGUCCGACUGCCUCGCGUCGACAUCCUGGAGGACACCGGCGAAAGCAUGAACCCCGGCCUGGACAUUGGACAGGUCGAGGGAGCGUUCAUCAUGGCCGUCGGAUACUUCCUCACCGAAUCGCUCGAGUACGACAAAACCAGCGGAGCGUUGACCAACAUUCGAUCGUGGAACUACAAGCCCCCGGGAGCGAAGGACAUUCCGACCGAUUUCCGGGUAAAUUUGCUGCGCGGAGCAUCGAACCCGGUGGGAGCGCUGCGAUCGAAGGGAGUCGGCGAGCCGGGCUAUACGCUGGGCGUGUCGACGACCUUUGCGCUGCGGUAUGCGUUGAUGUCGGCGAGGCGGGAUGCGGGACUGCCGGAGGAGUGGCUUCCGAUGGGUUCGGCCAUGACAAUUGAUAAAAUAUUAUUGUUGACCGGUAAUACAAAGGAACAAUUUUUAAUAAGCGAAUAA